AUGCCGAGCAAAGUAGGCGCCACUUUAUGCCGCGCCGAACUUGACGAGUCAGAGCAAGACUCUGAGAAGAACACGACCAAUGGUAAAUCCUGGUUCAGUGUGGGCGUGUCCAGAGGACAGGCAGCUUUGCAAUGGCGUCUUGGGGGAUUACCCGCGCUACAUUGGACAACGUUAAGACUGACCUUCGUCGAUCAACAGAUUAAAGAUGCAUUCAUAGACGGCGAAGGUCGUGAAGAAGUUACCCUUACAGAUAGUAUUGACGUGGCAGCUUGGCAGCGAUUGGUCACCCGUGGGGUUAUAACCCUCGGAGGUAUAGGACACGCGAAGACACGGCCACACCCCACUACUACCACUUAUAUGACGGACAAUACGACGGAAACAGUGUGGGAAUAUUCAGAAGGUGACGAGUUCGAUGACAAUCUUAAUGUUCUGUUCUACUUAAGCCUUAAUUCGUUCAUUCAUGCUCAAGCGGAGGUGGUGAUUGAGAUACCUUUUGGACUACGGGCCGACUAG